AUGCAGGGCCACCAACCCCACCCCGUCACCCCCAUCUCCGACGCCGAUCUCCUCCUCAGGCACGGCAAGAAGAGGGGAAACUACAACUGUGGCCGCUGCGGACUGCCGAAGAAGGGCCACAAGUGCCCCUACGCUUCCAACGACGAUGGCGCGGCCACCCCCGUGUCCACGCCGGCGGCCAGCGGCGUUGAUUCGUCCGCCGUGGCGGCGGAGAAGCUGGUAUGCGCGACGCCUCCGCCCCCGGCGAGGCGACGGCGGGCCUUGUUGUUUGACGAUCCCGGCGUGGCCGAGUCGAUCGACCGGGCGGACGAGGAGCAGGUCGAUCUGGAAGAGUAUCCGGAUCCGGACGAGUCGAGUGGUUUGCCGAUGAGCUGUUUGUGGGAGGUUUUGCGUAGGGUGCCGCCGUCAGGGCUGCUGUCGGCGGCGGGGGUGUGCAGAGGGUGGAGGGAAACGACGAGGAAGCUCUGGCGUGCGGCGGAGGAGCUGCGGGUCAGGGUUCCCGCGAAGGCACAGAUCGGAUUUGUUGGGUCCAUUCUGCAAAAAUGCUCUGGGCUGAUUAGACUGUCGCUGAGAAGUGAAAGUGAUGUUGAUGCAACAAUGCUGGCUUGUAUUGCCUUCUCGUGUCCAAACUUGCAGUCUCUGGAGAUCCUUACUUCUGAUUCAUCCAUUAAUCGGAUCUCUGGAGAUGAGUUGAGUCGUUUUGUUGCCGAUAAAAGAUGCCUAACCAGUCUCAAGAUGGAAGGAUGCGGUAACCUUGGGGGUUUUGUAUUUUCUUCAACAAGUCUCUCCACUCUUUGGCUUUCAGAUCUUCACUCCCUUUCUAAGAUGAUUUUUAAUUGCCCAAAUUUAAAAGAGAUUUCUUUGGACUUCUCUUGCCAAGAAAACGAUAGCACUGACCUUAGAACUGUUAUGGAUGGAUUGGGAAGAAGCUGUCCUAAGCUCCAGAACAUACAUAUUGCAUCGAUUUUGCUCUCACAUGAUGUGGUUUUGGCCCUCUCAGCUGCAAAUUUGAGGGGAUUGCGAAUGCUGUCUCUUGUUCUUGGAUCAGGGAUAACUGAUGCAUCAGUGGCAGCCAUUGGUUCAAGUUUUCCAAAACUGGAGUUGCUUGAUCUUAGUGGGUCUAGCAUCAGUGACAGUGGCAUUGGGAUGAUCUGCAAUGUCUUUCCCGAGACAUUAUCAAAACUAUUACUCUCUCUCUGUCCAAACAUCACUUCAAGCGGCAUUCAAUUUGCUGCUGCCGAGCUUCCUCGUCUAGAACUUAUGGACUGUGGAAUGACCAUAUGUGAUCCCAAUUCCGAAAUAUCCUCCAAUGAUGAGGAUAAUGGGUUGGAAUUACAAAAAACACCCAACAACAAGAUGCACCUUAUAUACCAGAAGUUAAUUAUCAAGCACAACCGGCUAAAGAAACUAAGUUUAUGGGGUUGUUCUGGGCUGGAUGCUUUGUAUUUAAAUUGUCCCCAUCUUACAGAAUUAAACCUCAACUCUUGUAGGAAUUUGAAUCCAGAGAGGCUGCUACUCCACUGUGCCAAUCUAGAAAGUGUAUACGCAUCUGAUUGUGAACACAUGCUCGUCAAGACCAUUGAAACUCAGGUCACGGGUAACUUGAGUUCUGUCGAUACUCAAGUUCCCUCCAAAAGAUUACCCGACGGCUCCAAAAGGGUUCGCAUACCAUAUUUCUGCAGCCCUCAGCCAUGUGAAGAUGACAAAAAACGUCGAAGGCUUUACAAUGAUUCUGCUAUCGCAAGCUUAAAUCGCCACCGGAUUUUGAGCUCAGAUAUGGAGGUCUCGUCGCUUUCAACCACCUGCAAAGCCCUCCGGCAGCCUUCCUCAGAAGCAUUGCCACUGCAAAAGACAUGGUUUCCCAAAUGGAAUCAGGCUCAUUUGUUGCCAAAGAAGAGGGCCUUGAGGUCUUUGGUGGGUCAGAAUGGAGCUUCAAAUCAGAAACAAAAUCAUUUACAGGUUUUUAGAUGUCAAUUGAAGGAAGUCCCUGUUAUUAAGGCAGGGUGCAUGGAUGAAGUAUAUGAUAUCUUGGCUGAACGUCUUGUUCCCAUUGCAGCAGCUGAGUCGAAUACCAAUUUUAAGCAUAUAGUUGCUCUUUGUGGGCCUCCAGGUGCUGGAAAGAGCACCCUUGCAUCUUCUGUAGCUACCCGCGUCAAUAAGCUGUGGGCCCAAAGAUCCUCUUGCUUUGAUUCUCUAGUAGAGUCUCCAGAGGUUGCAAUUGUGCUCCCUAUGGAUGGAUUCCAUCUUUAUCGUCAUCAGCUGGACUCUAUGAAGGAUCCAAAGGAAGCUCACGCGAGAAGAGGAUCUCCUUGGACAUUUGAUCCCGAACGGCUGUUGAGGUGUCUCACGAAUCUGAGAAACGAGGGAUCAGUGUAUGUCCCGUCAUUUGACCAUGGCUUGGGGGACCCUGUUGAAGAUGAUAUCUUCGUGAGCCUUCAGCACAAAGUAGUGAUAGUUGAAGGUAACUACUUGCUUUUGGAUGAGGAUGUGUGGAGGGAUAUCUCAUCCAUAUUUGACGAGAAGUGGUUCAUUGACGUCGACAUUGACAAAGCAAUGCAACGGGUUUUAAAAAGGCACAUAUCGACAGGAAAACCCCCUGAUGUUGCUAAAUGGCGGAUAGACUAUAAUGACCGGCCCAAUGCGGAGCUGAUAAUGAAGUCAAGUAAAAACGCAGAUUUGAUAAUCAAAUCAGUAGACAUCUCGCCGUGA